AUGCGAAUACUGCGCCCAGGUCUAUCACGACCUCUCGUGCGCUCCAUCCGAACAUCAUGUCACGCUAAUCCACGACCUCCAGGUACACGACAUCUUCGUGGUCAUCUUGGUCGUCUUCGAUUUCGCACACACAUUGAAGCUGCAUCCAAGGUUGGCGUAGCCCUUGACCAACAAACCAUCUUGAACCUGCACCUUCGUGUCUUUGACCCCAAUUUUCUGACAAUCCAGCCCUUAGGGCCCAGAUAUGUUGCGGAUUGCAGGGCUCGUUUUGGGAAAUGUAUCUCCUUUGGCAUCCCCUUUGCCCCCCCGGAACCAGUUGGAGAUGGCGAACCAUUACCCAAAUUUGAUGCGAGAAGUCUCAUUCAUGAUCUGGGCGUCCACCUUGGGCGGCGGUGGCGGCGGCUGGUCACUUCUGACUCUCCUUAUGCGAAGACAGAAAGCAUCCGUUGGGGAGACAUAGAUGGUACGGUGGGUAAUACAACUCUACUCCUCUUUUGGGCAUAACGUGUAAUGCUCUUGGCCAAGUAAAGCGUAAGCUCCGUUCAAUAAUGUAACUAACUCUAAACAGGGCCAUGUAAACAACAAGCACUAUUUCACGUGGGCUGAAAACGCGCGCAUGCGGUGGACGCGUGAGCUGAAGACUGCUAAGGGAGAGAUGAGCAAGGAGUGGCAGAAGAUGUGGACGUUAAAGGGGACAGGUCUAAUUGUGAGGAGUACUAAAAUGGAUUACAAAUUCGUUUGUUCACCUUGGUAUCCUGAUCCUUCUGCUUCUGAUUGCUAACCCCAUUCACUCCAGCCUUUGACCUUUUCAGAUAAAGUCAUUGUAUACUCUAGGCUGCGCUCCCUUCCUAAACCCACCGAUACCUCAUUUGUGCUCGAGACCUCAAUUAUAUCUAAUCGUCACCAACGCGUAGCUGCGCGUUGCGAGGAGGAGAUCGUGGUGUACGACUACACAAAGAAGAGACAGACCCCCUUUCCGCCGCAGAUGACGGAGGCUUUGGAGAAUUUUUGGUUGGAGCAAGAAAAGUGCCAACGCACUGUUCGUGGUGUUCUAUUUGCCUUGGAGUUACGCCUUAUGAUAUUGGAGAAGUUGACUUGGGAUCGGGAUGGGGCCGUGGAAGACUUUGGACGCUGAAUAGUGUGGCAUAAGUCAAAGUGGUUGGAGAUGCGUGUUCAGCUAGACAUCAAUGUUCGGGAUUGUAUGCAAAACCCGAGUUCUUCGACUAAUAAGAAUAAUAGGUGCGCUCGGUACACACUUGGUCUGUAGUACAUCACCUUUCGACGACGCCGAGAACCACAUGGUGUGCCGUGUGAAGCUUGAUAUAUACUCGUCAUGAAAUAAAUCGGUAUGUGAGAACACGUUUACUCUGCCUUACGAGAAGAUCUAUGACUAGCAAAUUGACUAUCAGGUCACGUCGAAACAUUCCUCUAGAUACCGGGCCAGUUAUGAAACGUGUCAGCUAUCGUUCCUGUGUACAGGUUUUCAGAAGCCCUGGACUCGAUCUUCCCAUCGGGUAUCGCAUACAAAGAGCUAUAAACGUCAGCUACCCUCCGCCUCCUUUGUAGUAGGAUUUGAAAGUCGCGACUUUGGGUUCGGAAACCCUUGAGGAUCGUUAAUUCUAGACUCUUUGAGGAUGGUGCGGGUAAUCUUUUGUGUCUUUUUGGAUAUCAGAUAAGCUACCAAGUAUAUGCCUUUUGAAUUCUAAGGCAAGUUCCUUAGUCUCUAGGCUUUUAUAGGUUGCUUAUUUUCUCGGAAUUACCUUGAAAAGUCUUCAUAGAGCCUCGGCAGGUAAGCUAUAUCUACUAGUCAGCCUUAGGGUAUAUAUAAAUUAAAUCUUUAUAGUGAAAUACGUUUUUAUUUAUAGUAAGAUUUAUAAUUAACUAAUUAGAGAAUUAAUAAUUUUCGAAUUAAUUUUUUAUUUUUUAGAUUCUUA